GCUGCUCCGUGGUUCCCACGCAGCGUCCUCCCUCCCCUGCGCCGUGCUGAGCUGGAAAAUGGCUGUGCGGAGGGCCAGGGAGUUAUGAUCGACACAAGUACGGCGCAGUUAAAAGUUAAAUCCGAGUUGUCGCCAGAAGGUUCUCACACGCCGAGAACGCUGCUGUUUGCACCCGGGACCCCGCACACACAGCCUCGGUCGCUUGGACACUGUUAAAGCCCCGCUGCAGAAAAAACAGUGAGCAGACUCAGAAACGGGUCCAUCGUAAUUCCUUCAUAAAUUUGAGCGCACUUGAAGGGAUUAAAAAGCUCCUACUCCAUCCACUUUUCCUGUAACCUAGCCGUUGAUUUGGAGCGCGGAGGUCCAGCGACACCGGGUCGUCGGCUGCUCUGAUCUGUCGUCAGAACGCCAAAGUAGCACCAGGCUCAAGGUUUCUGCUGCUUGAAGGAGCAUGUUGCCAACGCUCUCCCUCUGCUCCAUCAUUUGGCUCAACCGGGGUAUCAAGCUGAGGAAAGUGCAGCAGUCAAGCAACACCGGUCAGCUCUGAAGCCGCUGCCACCACAGCCAUUAUCGCAGCUACCUUCUACACUAGCAAACAUGCUUCUGAGCUUUGGGUGACUGGCCCUCCUUCCUUCAAUCCCCCAGCCUAGAAAUCACAGAACCACCACCUUUUAUUGACCAGAGAGGCUUCGGUUUCUGAGGAGGAUUCCAUUCUAGACUAAAUCAGAAAAACAGCAACUCAUCUGCUCUACAAAAUGGCGGCAGAUGGUUUCCAGUACCGGGCACUCUACACAUUUACCAAGGACCAGGAGGAGGACUUGGAUCUGCAGCCAGGAGACCUCCUGACCGUCAGCAAGGCCUCUCUGAUGUCAGCGCUGAGCUACGAGGAGGGCUCUGAGGAGCACCCGCAGCAUCUAGGCUGGCUCCUAGGCUACAACGAGCGCACCAAGCAGAGAGGCGACUUCCCAGGGACCUUUGUCGAGUUUGUUGGUCCCAUCAAAAUGGCCAACCCAUCGAGUCAGCCAAGGUCCCAGCGCCCUCUCCCAGCUGCUCCCAUACCAGAACCAGCUCAGGCUGCAGCUGUGCUGGAGCUCAGCGAGCAGUUCACGCCACCAGAGACGGCUCCCCCCGCGCUCGUCGGCCUGAUCCGAGCCAUAGAGCAGAGAGGUCUGGACAGCAAAACUUUGUACAGAACAGCAAGCAGCUCCGACAGCUCGGUGUACACCCUGAGCACUGAAGAUGAUGCUGCUGGGGGUGACAUAGGUUACCUGUCUGAGAGCCUCCUGCACUACCUGAGAGACCUCCCGUCACCUGUCAUCCCAGCAUGCAUCUACCCGCAACUUCAGACUGCUAUCACGCAGCAGCAGCUUCACCAGCAGUCAGUAGAUGGAGCUGCUGCUGGUAGCCAUGACAGAGAGGUCAGUCUGGUACUGGAGAACUCCACGGUGGUCCCUCUCCAUCAUCGUCUCACCCUGCAGUACCUCCUCACACACCUGACCAAAGUGGCCCACGCUCAGGCCAGCAAUGGCCUGGACACUCACACCCUGGGAAAGAUCUUUGGGCCCCUCCUGAUUCGGACAAUCUCCUCUGCCCACGGGUUUUCAUCGGAGGAGGAUUUUCCCAUCCUGGUGGUGGAGAGGCUGCUGGUGGAGAGAGCUGCACAGCAAGACUUCCCUCCUCCUGUUCUUCCAGCUAAACCCAUCAAAUCAAAAAUAGCACCAUCAGAUAUGACAGAUACAAGCAGCCUGCUAAACGAUGCUGAGUGGUACUGGGGAGAUAUUUCCAGGGAGGAAGUGAACGAGAAACUACGAGACACUCCAGAUGGAACCUUUUUGGUGCGAGAUGCCUCCAGUAAACUGGAGGGCGAGUACACGCUCACUCUCAGGAAAGGAGGGAACAACAAAUUGAUAAAGAUUUAUCACAAAGAGGGUCGGUACGGCUUCUCAGAGCCUCUAACCUUCCUGUCUGUGGUGGAGCUCAUCAAUCACUACCGCCACGAGUCCCUGGCUCAAUACAACGCCAAACUGGACACCAAGCUUCUGUACCCCAUCUCCAAGUUCCAGCAGCUGGUUAAGGAGAACAGCAUAGAGGAGGUUGGAGAGCAGCUCAAGGUCUAUCACGAGCAGUUCCAGGAGAAGAGCCGCGAGUAUGACUCUCUGUAUGAGGAGUACACACGCACCUCUCAGGAGCUGCAGAUGAAGCGAACAGCCAUUGAAGCCUUCAAUGAAACUAUCAAGAUCUUUGAAGAGCAGUUUGAGACUCAGGAGAAAUACAGCAGAGAGUCUUUGGAGCGAUUCCAGCGAGAGGGCAACGAGAAGGAAAUUCAAAAGAUCCAGAACAACUCUGAGCGUUUGAAGUCUCGUGUGAAGGAGAUCCAUGACAGCAAGCGUAAACUGGAGCAAGACCUGAAGCAGCAGGUGUCUGACAACAGAGAGAUCGACAAGAAGAUGAACAGCCUCAAGCCAGAUCUCAUGCAGCUCCGCAAGAUCCGGGACCAGUACUUGAUAUGGUUGACACAGAAGGGAACAAGACAGAAGAAGAUCAAUGAAUGGCUGGGCAUAAAGAACGAUGCUGAUGACUCCUACUCUCUGGAGGAAGAUGAGUGUUCGCCUCAUCAUGAUGAAUGCACCUGGUAUGUAGGUGACAUCAAGCGGUCCCAGGCUGAGGAAAUGUUGAGAGCGAAAUGCGAUGGAACCUUUCUCAUCAGAGAGAGCCAAUCGCAGAAGGGCUCUUAUGCCUGUUCUGUUGUCGUUGAGGGCGACACGAAGCACUGUGUCAUCUACAAGACAGCUACAGGUUACGGCUUUGCUGAGCCCUACAACCUGUACUCCUCUCUCAAAGAGCUAGUGCUCCACUACAAAAACAUCUCCUUGGCUCAGCACAACGACCAGCUGAAUGUAAAUCUAGCCUACCCGGUCUUGGCCCGCUCCCAGAACCAGAAGUAGAACCAGCAGCCCGGAUGAAUAAUUACCAGCAGGGGACAGGGGGCCAAGCCUCUGUAGCCCAGGACGGUGUCAGGUGAAAUAUGCCCACUGCCACUGUCUCAAAGAUAAAAAGUGUGUUUUUGCCUGGAGCCCCAUGUAAAGUUCCUUUACUGGAUCCCAGUCCGUUAAAGAACAAACAUUGCUGAAAACAUGACCUCACAAAAAGCCCACCACUCCUGGUACGGUCGGGCUGGUCGAUACGUUAGGCAGUCACAGGUCUAUGUUGUCAAAUAUAAAAAAGCCCCAAACAACCAGGAGAAGGUAGAUUGGACCCAGAUAAGUCAGAGACAACAUGUGUUAAAGGAAAAGGAAAUAAGCACAAAAAAGUCAUUUUAAGGCUGCACAAAAGAAAUGGAAAGAACACGAUGAAGCAAUUGGAAAUAUGACUUUAGUGUGACUUUUUUUUCUUUGAUUUUUUUUUUAUUUCUUUUUUACAUCUUAAGCACAAAAUGUCAGUGUUUAAACAAAUUUUCUGCGUGUGAACCCCCAGACUCCCUGCAAACUCGUCAUAAACUAAAUUCUGGUUUGUAAAUCCAGAAAGGAAAGGGUGGCCUGAAGCAGGCUGCUCACUUUUCACGGUUUGGGCUCGGGCUGGGGGAUUUUAAGGGGUUUUAAAAUAAAAAGAUGGCUUCACUUAAAAGCUUGCAAACAUACCGCAGGAAUAGCUUUGAGUGACCAUAAGCCUCUGUUACUUUGAAUGAUAGGGGGUUGAUAGGAGGGGGUUAGAAAAUGCACAGAUAUCAAUGUGGGCAAGGCUACAGCUUUAAAAGAUAGACAUGCAGGUAUAUUUUAAUAGAAUCGUUUCUUUUCAUCUGCUUUGCUGUGUUGCUCUCUCACUGGGCCUCUUUUUGAACUGAUGAAAAGAAAUGCCCAGUAAUUGUUGUAUAGGAGCAAAUGCAUGGUACAUAUUUGGUAUAUUAUCAAUGAAAACAUCUACUUUGAAUCACAGUACGCUAGAUUGCCAGGUACAUUUACAAGCGCAGUUCCAUGAUUGAGGUGCGCUGCGUCGGACGCCUCUUCCUUUUUCUCCUCUUUAAUACUGUAGCACCCGUAGCUCGUGACACUCAGCACUCACUCUUAGUGCUCUUCUUAUGCGUGUAAUUUCACAACGGUACCGGCACUUGUUGAGUAUCGACCUUUGUGAUUCUCAUACCUUUGGUACUGAAUUUGUUUCUUGUAAAGUUUGAGUGUCCCCCCCUCAGAUAAAUGUUUAUUAGAAUUUCUUUAGUGCAGAGUUUCUGGUGGUACAUCUCUGCUGCGCCUGACUGUUGAUUUCAUCUGAUGCUUGAUUCAGAGAGCUGUAGAACAUUAAUGUACAAAAAAAAGAAGGCAGUAAUAUAUGUGGUGUACAGUAUAUUUUAGACACACAUGCCGUAGGUGUAUGUGACUUUAUAGAGCUUAGCUUAGCCGUUCCUUUUACGUUUUCAGCAUGUUGCUUGUUUUCUUGGGUUCUGUUUGAGGAUGCAGAUGAUCCAUCAAAUGUGAGCCAAGUGAAGGACAUGUUCUUAUGUAGCACGACAGGAAUAAAGGAACACGUCCUUUAGGCGUUCAGCUAAGAGAUUACCAGGUUCAGCCUGUAUUGAGUUCUUCAUUUAGGUUGUUGUUUUUAUUUUUAAUUAGGACAAAUGGUAAUAAAAAAAAAUCUGCUGGUAAGUAGUGCUGAGGUGGUGGUGUGUGGUCUUACAAGCACACCAAAUUUUAGACCCAGAAACGGUCUCCAGGUCCGUGCUGUGACGGCGAUCUCUUAUUGUUUGUUUGAGCGUUUGGCUCGAGGUACGAAUUUUGUCACCUCCAUUCGGUAUCGCUUUUAAAGCACAGCUGUUGAGCUGCAGAGAUAUGCGGUGGUCCAUGUGGUCAGUGGAAUCGCCGCAGAGAGAGGGGACACAAGGCUGCUUUUAGGUGGGAUUUCCCCCAGCUGAUUUCUGAAGCUAAGCAAAUACAAAUCUUUGUUCAUUUCUUACGCAAAUGACUGAGAAUGGUAAAGAGAAUAUAUAUAUGGAUAUAUAUUUUUGUAUAGAGUCAUGGAGCAGACAAGUCAUUUAUGAUCGAGCGUGUGAGACUCUUUGAUUUAUGUCUUUUGUUGGGGAUGUUUCCAAAAUGUGAUCGUCACCAGUUAUUUGCUCCUAGAAGCAGGUAAGGAGGUGGUAUCAAAAAUUGGAGGUGAAGACUUUAGCUUCCAACUCAAACAAAGCUCUUGGAGUGGCAUGACUUACUGAGCUGAACAGAGCCUGGAAAGCUCAGAUCAGGGUGGAUCAGUUGUACUAUACAGUAAUUUGCACAGUUCUUGGUAAAGCGUAGAUCCCAAGAAUGAAACUAGAGGCCACAGUGGUGCUUCUGAUUAGAGGGCUACACAGACCUGAGCGACAUAGAUUAGAAGUGCCUUUUGUCAUCACAAUGAGUUUGUUUUCUACUUGUUGUCACUGGAGCGUCGCUCCAUAAGAUGGUGCCAUGGCCACCAUGCUGUUGUGCCACAUAUUCACACAUUUGCCAUAUCUAAAAUUAAGGAAUAUCCGGUAAAUAAGCCUAGGUGUGGUGUGUGAUUGCGUCUGCGUGUUGGAGCAUCUGAGCAUGUUCUAGUCAAGAGGACGACUGGUUUUACUGUUACAUCCUAGGUUGUUACCUCUUUCUUUGUUUGGUUGCAGCUGUACAGUAGCUUGGUUCUCUCUUAUUGUGUACUAAAGCUUUGUUCUUUUUUUUAUGUGUCAGAUAUAUCUUGAAAUAAAAUGUAGAUGAGUUAGAAAUGUGAACAGUAUCCAACUUUAGUAGCCUCCCAAGUUAAAGGAAUAUGCUUCUUUUUUGUUUAAGAUUUCUUGAAGUGUGGUUGUGGGGAGUACACAUGACUAGCAGGUGCCUAACCCGAUGUAGACAGCUGGCACUGGAAUCCCAGUAUGGAGAAUAAAUAAAAAAUGACGGGGCCAAGAACAUAUAGCAAGUGUCCAACGAACACCCAGGUCUGUUCUCCUCAGUGUAUUUAAAACUGUACAAGAUGAGAAGAAUGGACCUUUUUUUCUCUUCUUGUCUCUCCUGGUCAUAUUCGGAGAGGGAAGGAGGACAGACACAAGGAAACGAGACGAGGCCAUGUGCUUGUUAAACUAAGCUGUUCUUGUUCUGGACAUCUCCAUCUUCAAACCACUAUUUGGUUCUUGUUGCAGAAUUCUGCUAUAUAAUCUUCAUAUUUUUGAUGCAGUUGCAUUAUUUCAGUUUGGAGUAAUAUAGAUCAGAAGUUUUAUGAUGGUCUCCGACUAAUAAACUCAGUUUAGUUCUGUCAAAUAUAUAUUUUAUAAGCUCAUUGUACAAUUUCUAUUAGCUUCUGAGAGGAGACUGUCUCACAUUGAAUUGAAUCUUUCUAUCAACAUGUUAUGGAACAUUCACAAAGACACCUGUCAAAAAAGUUGCAUAGUUUAAAGGAAACAUUUCUUAGCUCAUUCUUGUUUGGCUAAAGAUUCUGUAGAACGGCCUGGUCCUUCAUCUUUUAUAGUCCAAUAAUGCUGAUUCAGGUUUUAUUUCUUAAAACAGCAACCUGUCCUUUGCAAGGUUAGUACAAAGCUAUGCCUUCUACGGCAGUAAAUAAAUACUUGGAUGGAGAGGUGCACAGAUGUGAGAAGUUUCACGUUUUCUAAUUUUGUAAAGCUUUGACCUCCUCUAUGCCAAUUUGGCUGAUUUUGAUUUCUCUUGAAGGAUAACAGCCUUCUAAGCAAUAUUGUAUUGUACUGCCUGGUUGAUUAAAAAUGUUGACUUUUCACGGUGAAAUGUUCAGGAUUACCAAUAGCCCAGUUAGCUGUUCCUUUUGGGUUGCUGGAAAUACACUAUUAGGAUAUAUCCUUCAGGCAAUGGGAUCUGAAUGAACAGAACCCAACUAAAGGGAAUUAUAGCCUUAUAAAACAGAUUGUAGCCCACUAACUUUAGUAGAAGUAGAACAUAUCACAGCACAUCGUUUCAUCUUCAAGUUCCUUUGAUAAAAAAUAACAGCUGUGUCCAGGCUAAUAUUUUGGGGAAGUAGUUCCUUGCCCUAACUGAGGUUCCUAAGCACUGCCAACAGGAUGUUCCAUGAAAGAUUAACUUGGACUCUGAGUUGGGUUAAAAGUUUAGUUUGACCUAAAAAAACAAAGCAGAGCCUUGCUGCGACCUGCUGACGCCUCCCUUUCUGCUUCAGUUAAGAAGCAGCCUGUAUUACCAGCUCACAUGUCUCCAUAAAAAAAUACAGUCUUCCUCCAGCAGCAACAUGCGCUCUGAGGAGGGCUGUUGUCGGCGUAUGUUAGUGUUUUGGUAUGAUGCCUCUGCUCAUCUGCAUGAGGUCAUCCGGUUCUGCUGACCAGCAGAUUUCUCGGUGCCUCUCUGCUUAGAUGUUCAUGCCCUGAGUCUUUUAGCUUUUAGUUUGGCUGACACUCCCAAACAGGUUACCAGAGGCCCACAGAUUAAAUGCCAGCAGAUUAAAAGCACUGGAAAAUAUAGCGCCCAUAUUCAAAAUAAAAGCAAAGGCUUGCAUGCAGAAUGAAUACUUAAUACCAGAUAAUGUGUUUUCUAUUGACCUAUAGUGGACAGAUCAGGGACAAGCAAAAGGCCACAUGUGGUCCAGGGGCUGGAAAAUUCCCAAUUCUAACAUAUAAAUAUUUGAAUUUAAAUGUGGAAACAACAAUUAACACCAGCUGUAGAUGUUGCCAGUGCAAUAAAGCCCCUUUUGCAAAAUGUUUAACCAAAGGGAAAGAUUUGCUCCAAUUCCAUUACGGGCCUCGGCUCCAGGGUCCCACAUCUCUGCUGAUUCUCCUUACUGGGACUGUCAUUACCAGAGUCUACUGAAGGUACUGCAGGUAACAUGCUGACUGCUCAGACGUUCUCUACACAUGGACAGAACAUCCCCUCGUCAUGCAUGCAGCCUUCCUCUGUAUUUUUCUUUCUAAGCUUUGGCCGAUUUGCUUAGUUUAGUUUGACGGACCAACACUAUAGUGACGGCACGCGUUUAUUUCAGCUUCACUCAGACUAGUGUGCAGUCCAGCACUCUGAAACUAACAGACAGCAACUAUGCUUUAUCAAUAGUGUUUUAUUUUUAGAUCACAAUGUUAUGGACAGUAUAUUACAAGUAAUUGACGUUUCUUUUGUGUAUCGGAAUAUAAAGUGUACAGUAUGUGCGUUAGGUGUUCUGCAGUCAUUAACUGUGUUGUAUUUUGCUUCUGGCUGAUUGCAUUAUUUUUCCUCAUGUUUAUCAGGUGAAUAGUAUCAAGUCUGUAUGUUUCAAACAAGUUAAAAACAAAGCUGCUGGCUCGUUUAUGCAAUUCCUGUCCACACAGCAACGUUGUACAACUUGACCUAUUGGUUUUCCUUAGAGAUCCGUUUAUCCAAUUGGUAGAAAGGGCAUUUUUCUACUGUGGUUUCAGACAGUUGCAGAUGUUUUUUUUUUUUUUUUGUUUUUAACUACUUUUCAGUUUUGGAAUUAUUCAGAUUCUGUGUUGCCCCUGGGAAACGUAGUCCUAAGCCCCAGUUUGAACACGUUCAAAUGAUCCAAUUUAGAUGUAACUCAGGAAAUAUGCAGCCCAGUAAUGGGGAUGUGAAUUAUUGCCACAACCAGAAGAAGAGCAAAGUGAAUAACUGGGGACUUCCCACAUCUAUAGUGAUUGAGUUCAGUUCAAUUCCAUUUAUUUCAUUCGAUCUCUAUGCGGUUGUUAAGUCUGACGUCACAGGUGAACUACCGGGUCCACAUCAGCUGUACAUGACACUGUGGUUUAUGCUUACGGCUCAUUCUCAAACUUCUAUGUAUGCUUUACAGUGUCAAACGUUAACGUUGUAUGUACUGUAGUUAGCAUAUGCGACAGGUUAGUUUAAUGCUAAUUCAGCAAGUCAGCAAAAUCGCACCAUUUCAAUAAUUUCCUGGAGAAUAACUUAUCCACUGCAGUCAUCUCCUCUUCUCCUCAUCGCACAGGAAACGAUAAAAUGACAGCUGGAGUUGUUUGUUUUUUGUCUCCGAUCUAUGAACACAGCACAGCAGCAUAUUGAAUAAGCGACGGAUUCGGUCGGCUUGGACCCGGAAGCAGUGGUAGAUACGUCACGACUUAACAGCCCCAUUAGAAAGCCCAGUAACACGUACAGCUUCUUGAGUAGUGAAAUAAUGAAAUAUCUUCCCAAAAAUGUGCAUGUAUCACCUGUUAAAUCAAUAGUCUUUCUCCUGUUCUGCAGAGCGUCACAUUAUUUCCCUAGCCAACCUGGAGAAAUUCUCCCAGCAGCAAAGGUGAAAUGGGCAGAGGCAAAAGACUUUUUAGAGUCUUUAAGCAUCAGCUGCUCCUUAAAAAUAAUUAUUUUUAAGACGAAUGAUUGCUCAUUUUCUCACCAUCAAACACAAAAACUUUAUCACCACGAAUAAAAAAACAAUUCAAAGUAUUUGUGGUCUUGAACGGAAUCACUAGUUAAUUAUGUAGAAGUCUUUCUCUUUUAGGGACUUCUUUCUGAUUUACUGUGUGCUUUAAACAAAUCUGAUACACACCCUGAUGUGAACCGAUGUCUAGAGCUGCUUCAAGGCUGCUGUGGCUGAAUCCCAUUUCCUGUGGUAAACUAAUCUUGAAGUAUCCUUUAAGUAAACUGAUGAUUAGUGUUAGUCCAAGACUCUGAACCUUUGGUCCACUUAAUAGUUUAUUUCCCACUGGGAUAACAUCCGAGUGCAGAUUUGCUGUCUGUCAGCAACUGAAACUAUUUAAAACCAAAAAACAUUUGGUAUGCAUCAAACUACACAUCCUGAUGGAUGUUAUGAUGCUUUAAUAUUUCAAUGUGAUAAAUACUUUUAUCUUUUCUAUUUUUCAUUCUGAAUGCGACUAACAGUGAUAUCAGACAAAAUAUAUUGGAGAUCUUCUAAGUUUGUGCCAUAAAAAAUGUUAAUUAAGAAGAACCUGAAAAAAUGUUGACGUGAAAAGCCACAGCCCUUUGCCCUCGCCCUUCUCCUUCUUGAAAACAGUCGGGACGCCCUACAUCUUAGAAAUUUAGGGUUGAGGACUAGGAAGUAGAUGGAAGGACUUCUAGGAUUCGGCCUUUGCAGCUCCUUAUAGCAUUUCUAGCCAUCCACAGCAGCCCCAAGCAGCUUGGUGGCUACUCUCAUGUAAAGAAUUACCAGGUGCAUUCUGAGGAUCAAGGAUCACGCUGACUUGUUCAUAACGCCUGAAUCACAUCUGUGAGUUUGGCUGCUUUGCAUUUCUCAAAUGUCAGAAAAGUGUUUGUUUUCAUUUCUUUAAGCUAGAAUCUAAGUUGUUUAAGCAGUUCUAUUUUUUGUGAGUAGAGGCAGAUUUGAAGUGGCGCCAUGAACGGUGGAGUUACUCCUGCCUGAGCGAUGCGGCGCUCGCGCUGCGUCUCCCUGCAGCAGAUCUGUGGGGUCGCUGAAGGCGCUGUGGACUGGAUCCGGCCUGGAUUCACACUCACAGGCCUGAAGAGACGAGGACAAGUAAACUUGUCACUUCUUUGUGCGUGGAGCAGUGAUGGCAUUAGAGGGUGAUCUAUAAUUGGUUUUGAGUGUAUUUUUGUUUUUAUUUGGCUUUUUUAAAAAUCUGAUAGAUUUGUCUAUUCUUGUGUUGUUUUUUUUUGUAUUAUCUGUUAACGGUAAACUUACAGAGCCUAUACAGAAAAUGAUAAGCUAGCUUGAUUUUUUUUUUUCCUCUAUACAGAAAAAAACAAAUACAGAUGUUUACAAGAUGUAAUUAACCAAACAGUAAAGUUGAGCUUGAGAAUCAGUCUGUCUGUCCUCCACGUGGCUGUGAUAGAUUGAUAUUACUUUUAUUUCCCUCAUUGUAAACUUGAAGAUGUUGUAAGACUGCUUUUUCUCUUUUGUUUUUCUUCAGCUUUGUGAAAGCCUGGUUGUUUUCCCAGUAAUAACUCAGCGGUAUAGUUUCUGUCCAUUUUCCCUUGCUAUUCACGAGUCCAUAUGCUCUACCUGCUGACUACUUCGACUCACACUGAACCUUUAUGUGCUUGAACUGAACUUGAGACCCUGUUGAAUCUCUUGCUGUUUCUGUUCACAAUGAGGUAGGUUUCACUGCGACUCUGCCUGGUGGGUGUUUGAUAAAGGUCACUACAAAGAGUUUCAGGAGCCUGUACAGAAAUGUUGUGAACAAUAAAAGGCGCCGCUUGGCGAACAUA